GCCUCGGCGCGCAUGCGCACUCCGAGGAAACGGCCUGUUCACACGCCCGUUGUGGCAGCCUCCCGUGAGUCCUCCCACCUCCUCCAUUUUCCUAGUCCCGGCAGGACUUCACUAAAAUAUUUCUUGGAGAAGGUGUCAUGGAAGUUCUACGUCCACAAAUCAUCACAAUUGAUGGACGGAAUUACCGGAAGAACCCUGUCCAAGAAAGGACUCACCAACACGAGGAAGAUGAGGCCUUCUAUCAAGAUUCCAUGGAGUACUCUGACGAGCCCUGCGAUGCCUAUGAGGUGGAGCAGACGCCGCAAGGGUUCCGGGCCUCUAUCAGUGCCCCCAGCCUGCUCUACAAGCAUAUAGUUGGAAAGAGAGGGGAUACCAAGAAGAAAAUAGAAACGGAGACAAGAACUUCUAUUAGCAUUCCUAAACCUGGACAAGAUGGAGAAAUUGUGAUCACUGGCCAGCAUCGAAAUGGUGUCAUUUCAGCCCGAACUCGGAUUGAUGUUCUCUUGCACACUUUUAGAAGAAAGCAGCCCUUCACUCACUUUCUUUCCUUUUUCCUCAAUGAGGUUGAAGUUCAGGAAAGAUUUAUGAAGUUCCAGAAUGAAGUAUUGGAGAAGUGUUCCAUGGAUCGUGGGGUUGACAGCUCCAUUUUUCAGAAUCCCAAAAAGCUUCACCUAACCAUUGGGAUGUUGGUGCUGCUAAGUGAACAAGAGAUCCAGCAGACAUGUGAGAUACUGCAGCGCUGUAAGGAAGAGUUCAUUGAUGACAUUUCUGGAGGCAGACCCCUGGAAGUAGAGAUGGCAGGGAUAGAAUACAUGAAUGAUGAUCCCGGCAUGGUGGAUGUUCUGUAUGCCAAAGUCCAUAUGAAGGAUGGCUCCAACAGGCUACAGGAACUAGUGGAUCGAGUUUUGGAACGCUUUCAGGCACUGGGACUGAUAGUGAAAGAGUGGAACAGUGUGAAGCUGCAUGCUACAGUCAUGAACACACUGCUCAGGAAAGACCCCGAUGCUGAAGGCAGAUACAACCUCUACACAGCAGACGGCAAAUAUAUUUUCAAGGAAAGAGAAUCAUUUGAUGGCCGAAACAUUUUAAAGUUGUUUGAGAACUUCUAUUUUGGGUCCUUGAAGCUCAAUUCCAUUCACAUCUCGCAGAGGUUCACGGUGGAUAGCUUUGGAAACUAUGCCUCCUGUGGCCAUAUUGACUUCUCCUGAGGACCACUGCAGACAGCAGGACGGCUUCAGGAGACGGUGUUGUUCCCUGGCCGCAGCAGAAGGCGGGACCCCCAACAGAGGAGGCACACCAGUCAUCUCCCUCUCUCUCUCUCUCUCUUUCUCUCCUGGUGUUUCUCCACCCUCUGCUCUCUCCCUUUUCCUGACCUUGACUCUUACUGUGUUAAGUCUGCUCCUGUGGGUAAAGGCUGCCUCGUUGUGAGGAGGUGUCUAAUACUCAGGGACUUGUUUAUCAGUGGAACAGGCCUCAUCGUUCACAAAUAAAUGAAUCUCCAAGCCA